AUGGCUGAUAUUCAGCACCAAUUGGGACCAGUUAAACUCCAGUGUUUGACUGAAGAAAGUCCUCCAGGCUUGAGAUAUAUUCCGGAAUUGAAUAAUACGAAUAAUUCAGUGUUGGAAUCGUUAUUGUGUUGUAAAUGUGGGGAAUGA